AUGGGUGAAUCAAUGGCUCUCAGAUCUUCCUCCUCUUUCGCCUCCAUCGUCGAGAAAUACCGCCCUGAUCUGACUCGGUAUGAGGAGCUUUACAAGCACUGCCAUGCCAACGGAGAACUCUCGACGCAAGAGAAAGAAACGGCCUCUUUGAUCACCCAGCAUCUCAAGAAACUCUCAGACGACCUUGACAUACGCACCGGGAUAGGCGGGCACGGCCAGAUCGCCAUCUUGAAGAAUGGUCCCGGCAAGACAAUCCUCUUACGGGCUGAUAUCGACGCCCUUCCUGUCCAGGAGAAGACUGGCCUGCCAUACGCCAGUACGAGGACGAUGCGUGAUACAGACGGACUCAUCAAGCCCGUCAUGCACGCUUGCGGACAUGAUUUCCACAUCACGUCCCUGUUGGCCGCUGCAGAGACACUCGUCGCCGCCCGGUCUACCUGGUCUGGGACCAUCGUCUUCCUCUUCCAACCUGCCGAAGAAAGAGGGUGUGGCGCCCGCGCGAUGGUGGAUGACGGGCUCUACUCUGCCGACAGACACGCCUGCCCCAUUCCUGACGUUGUGCUCGGUCAACACGUGUUUCCUCUCCAGGCCGGCAAGACAGCCACCCGGGCAGGACCAGUCAUGUCGGCGGCAGACAGUUUCAAGGUUACAAUCUACGGGAGUGGCGGGCACGGCAGCAUGCCCCAUCGCACGAUCGACCCCGUCGUCAUCGCCUCCCAUGUCGUUGUGCGCUUACAGACAAUCCGCUCUCGGGAAGUACCCCCCGACGAGACCGCCGUGGUCACCGUGGGCGCAUUGCAAGCCGGGAGUACCGAGAACGUCAUCUCCGACGAAGCCGUGCUGAAGAUCAACAUCCGCAGCGUGAGCGUCGAAUGGCGCGAUCGGGUCCUCGCCUCAGUCAGGAGAAUCAUCAAAGCCGAGUGUCUGGCGGGCGAUUGCCCCAAGGAACCUCUCAUCGAACCGACUUCUUCGUUUCCCCUAACCGUCAACGACGCCGAGGUGGCAGGCGAAAUCAACAAGUCUUUCACCGCGUACUUUGGCGAGGACAAUCAUGACCCGAACCUCAAGAACGUGCUGGGGAGUGAAGAUUUCGGCAUCCUGGGAUCUAGCAUUGGAAAACCGUACUGCUUCUGGUUCUUUGGCGGGCAUGACGCGGGCAUGUAUGAUGAGAUGGUCAAGAAGGGCGAGGAGCACAAGAUCCCCGUCAACCAUAGCCCCUUUUUUGCCCCGGUUGUACAGCCGACUUUGACGAUUGGAAUUGAUGCGUUGGUCGUGGCGGCAUUAACCUACGUGGGCAAGAGGUAA